ACACACACACACACACACAGAAAGAUAAUACUUUGGCGAUGUUGUAACUGACACAAUCAUACCAAUAAAGUUCCUUUAAACUGAAAAAUUGAGAGAAAGAGAGAUAUGAACUGCGAACCGUGAAUGCGGAAGAGUUUCCAGCCGAAAGAUUUGAUGAGAACAGAAGAUCAGAGCUUUAAGACUUCAUCAUAAUGGAAACCCCUGACAUGUCCUCGCUGAUGCUAUCUCGGCCUGAACUGAUUGAUUUUGAGGGCAUUUCUAUGACCCACUUCUUUACUGACAACUGGGAAAAUGUGAAGAACUUUCAGGCGAGACCAGAUGACAUCCUAAUUGCCACUUACCCUAAAGCAGGUACCACCUGGGUUUCUUAUAUAUUGGACCUUCUGUAUUUUGGUAAUGAUGCUCCAGAUCGCCAGACUUCACAGCCAAUCUACAUGAGAGUGCCAUUCCUGGAGUCAUGCUUUCAGGUUAUUCCAACAGGGACAGAACUAGCUGAUAAUAUGAAAACUUCUCCUCGCCUCAUCAAAACUCAUCUACCUGUUCAGCUGGUGCCUAAGUCCUUCUGGGAACAGAACUCGAAGGUUGUGUAUGUAGCUCGUAAUGCGAAGGACAAUGCAGUUUCCUAUUUUCAUUUUGAUCGCAUGAACAAGGGAGAGCCUGAACCGGGAGACUGGAACAACUUUUUACAGAAAUUUAUGGAAGGAAAAAAAGUGUUUGGUCCGUGGUAUGACCAUGUCAGCGGAUGGUGGGAAAAGAAACAGACAUAUUCUAACUUACUGUACUUGUUCUAUGAGGAUUUGGUUGAAGACACAGGACGUGAGGUGGAACGUUUGUGCUCUUUUCUGGGAUUAGCAACUUCAGCUGAUGAAAGAGAAAAAAUAACAAAAGGAGUUCAUUUUGAUGCCAUGAAAAACAACAAGAUGACCAAUUAUUCUACAAUCCCAGUCAUGGACUUCAAGAUCUCACCCUUCAUGAGGAAAGGUAAAGUUGGAGACUGGAAAACUCACUUUACUGUGGCACAAAAUGAAGAGUUUGAUGAGGUCUACAAACAAAAGAUGAAGAACUCCACUGUCAAGUUUAGGACAGAACUUUAAUGUUUGCUGAACAUAGCUCAACAAUAUUCUUUUAAUUGACAUAUAUAUUUUUGUUUAGUUAUGUUAUAGUUUGUUAUAGUUAUUAUUAAAAGUAUUGAUUUUUCUUUUAUGCUAAAAAUCACAAGUAUAUGUAAAGAUCAUGUUCCAUGAAGAUAUUUGGUAAAUUUCCUACUGCAAAUAUAUCAAAACUUUAUUUUUGUGAGUGGAUGAAGCAAAAUUGUGAUAAAAUUGGCCAGAAACUCAUCUGCAAACUUAGCUUUGCUAACAUGUUCCUUUGGGAUUUCCCAUUCACGUUUGGUUUAUGUAAAAGCUUACAACUUCCCCUUUUCAGUCCACAAGGUCAUUUCAGCAGUAAGCCAGUAGAGAGCGCUAAAAUAAACCUUUUCAUUUGUAAUGUGUGUUGCUAGGACUUCAUUUGGACUUUGAUCUUUACAUCCGUUUUUCAAAUUAUUUAAAAUUUUUUGCACAAACUUCAGAUUUUCAAAUUGUUGUAUUUCAGCCAAUUAUUCUCCUAUCCUAACAAACCAUAUAUCAAUGGAAUGGAAAUCUUAUUCAUUCAGCUUACCAAUUAUGUAUAAAUCUUAAUUUAAAAAAGUUACCCUUACGACUGGUUUUGUGAUCCAGGGUCACUUAUAUAUUCUGAAGCAUUUGAAUACCUUUUCAGGAACAUUAAUGUAAACACAAAUAAAUGAUGUUUGAAUGCCACUCAAAAA